CAACCAUGAGAUUGUUUUGGAGCAGGAUAAUAGCACUUCAACGCGUUGUAUUGACUGUGUUGGGCAGACAUGAGUACCCCGGGGAUGACGAAGCGUGAGAACAAUAAUGGUGCCGACCACGACCGCCUGAUCCAACUUCUCAAGAAGCGUUCCGAGCGCCGUCGAGCAAAACUUGACCUUCCAUCUCCUCCACCAGCUCCGAAAUUCACACCUCAACCACCUCCUCCCUCGCAAGCCCAAGUACAGCAGCCCCAAAUCCUCAUCAAAGACGGCUCAAUCAUCAAUGACUACUCCCUCCACUUCGUUCAAACGUCCCACCGCCCCCAAUCCUACAUCCGUAACGCAACUCUCGAAUCCCGUUUCGAAGGAUACCCGAAACUAGCUCGUCUGGCACGGCUGAAGCAGAAAUUGGUGGAAGAGCGUGCACAUCCGCCUAUGAGUUUACGGUGGGAUGAGCAGGGUGAGGACUUGAGGGAUGUAUUAGGGGUUAGGAGGGGAGUUAGAUUUGAUGUUGUGGUUAUUGAUGCAACGAGUCCUGAACACCACCCGGAACAGCUGUUCCACCUCCCGGUCCCGGACCUCAUCUCAACUCCGUCCUUCCUCUACAUAUGGGUCAACACACCGUGUCUGGAAACAGGGCGCCAACUCCUAACUCACUGGGGCUUCCGUCGUGCCGAGGAUGUCGUUUGGUGCAAAACCACCCCAGACCCCACCUCCGACAGCCAACCCUGGGAAUCCGGCCCCUUCGUAAGCUCAAAAGUCCACUGCCUCAUGGGCAUAAAAGGCACAGUCCGCCGCAGCACAGACACCCACCUAAUCCACUGCAACGUCGACACAGACACUAUCCUCGCCCCAUCGCCACCACCUUCGACACCACACGCCAAACCCACCGAACUGUACCACAUCAUCGAGAACUUCUGUCUCGGGCGUCGACGUCUCGAGAUCUUUGCGACGGAUGCAAGCUUGAGGAGGGGGUGGGUUAGUGUGGGACGGGAGAUGACACGGACGACGUGGGACGUUGAACGAUGGUUGGAAGGAUUGGUGGAGGGGGGUACGGGCAGUGUGGUGGGGUUUGAUGGGGAGAUUGAGAUGUUGAGGCCGAAGAGUCCGGUGCCGAAGGGGCAGCAGCACAUGAGGCACGGGAUGGGGGGUCAGCAGUCGCAGCAAAUGGGCAUGGGAGCGGGGAUGAUGCAACCUCAGCAAGGUAUGUACAUGGGUGGACAAGUGGCGAUACCAGGCAACGGGAUGCAAAUGCCCAUGGCAAUGCCGAGUCAGUAUGCGAUGCCAAACAUGGUACAACCGCAUAUGAUGGGAAUGGGAAUGCCGAUGCAGCCCAUGCCUAUGACACCACAAAUGGCUGCUCAAAUGCAGAUGCAAUACCAACAGCAGCAACGACAACAACUACAAUACCAGCACUAUAUGAACCAACAAGCCUACAACAACGGAUGGAACCAAUGGGGUCAGGGAUACGGUUAUCAACAGUAGCUAUCACCCAUAUGCGUAUUGUUAUCACAACCACACCUUGGUGGUUAACCAUCCUUAAUAUAUACAUUCACUCUCACCCAUCC